AUGAGCAGUACAAAUAAUAUAAGACAAGAUGAUGUAAAACAAACAAAUGAUAAAGGAGAACCGCUUAAAAGAUGUAAAGUUUUAGAUACUCAAGGAAAUAAAUGUGAAACUCUUUAUGUUAAUGAUAGUUCAACCGGAAAUGCCAUUAAUCAUUUAUUAACUGAUCACGAAAUAUCAAAAAAUGGUAAAAUAAAUAAUAAACAGCAAACUCUUCCUGCUAUUCUUCAGGUCUAA